CGCCAGUCCUGAGAACGGAGGAGGGUCGAAGGGCGGAGACUGUGCGGGAGGGAGAAGCCCCUUGGUCGGCCUUACGGAAGCCUGCGAGGGAGGGUGGUGUCCACUCCUGGGUUCAGUGUCCCGAUGCCCAGCGCCAGCGCCAGCCGUAAGAGUCAGGAGAAGCCGCGGGAGAUCAUGGACGCGGCGGAAGACUAUGCUAAAGAGAGAUAUGGAAUAUCUUCAAUGAUACAAUCACAAGAAAAACCAGAUCGAGUUUUGGCUUUGGUUAAAGACUUGACAGUACAAAAAGCUGAUGAAGUUGUUUGGGUGCGUGCAAGAGUUCAUACAAGUAGAGCUAAAGGGAAGCAGUGUUUCUUAGUCCUACGUCAGCAGCAGUUUAAUGUCCAGGCUCUUGUUGCAGUGGGAGACCAUGCAAGCAGGCAGAUGGUUAAGUUUGCUGCCAAUAUCAACAAAGAAAGCAUCGUAGAUGUAGAAGGUGUUGUGAGAAAAGCGAAUCAGAAAAUUGGAAGCUGUACACAGCAAGAUGUUGAAUUACAUGUUCAGAAGAUUUAUGUCAUUAGUUUGGCUGAACCCCGCCUGCCCCUACAGCUGGAUGAUGCUGUUCGACCUGAGGUGGAAGGAGAAGAGGAAGGAAGAGCUACAGUUAACCAAGAUACAAGAUUAGACAACAGAGUCAUUGAUCUUAGGACAUCAACUAGUCAGGCAAUCUUCCGUCUCCAGUCUGGCAUCUGCUAUCUCUUCCGAGAAACUUUAAUUAACAAAAGUUUUGUGGAAAUCCAAACUCCUAAAAUUAUUUCAGCUGCCAGUGAAGGAGGUGCCAAUGUAUUUACUGUGUCAUAUUUUAAGAAUAAUGCAUACCUAGCUCAGUCCCCACAGCUGUAUAAGCAAAUGUGCAUUUGUGCUGAUUUUGAGAAGGUUUUCUGUAUUGGACCAGUUUUCAGAGCUGAAGACUCCAAUACCCACAGACAUCUAACUGAAUUUGUUGGUUUGGACAUUGAAAUGGCUUUUAAUUAUCACUACCAUGAAGUUUUGGAAGAAAUUGCUGACACCUUGGUACAAAUAUUCAAAGGACUUCAAGAAAGAUUUCAGACUGAAAUUCAAACAGUGAAUAAACAAUUUCCAUGUGAACCAUUCAAGUUUUUGGAGCCAACUUUAAGACUAGAAUAUUGUGAAGCAUUGGCUAUGCUUAGAGAAGCUGGAGUUGAAAUGGGAGAUGAAGAAGAUCUGAGUACACCAAAUGAAAAACUGUUGGGUCGUUUGGUAAAGGAAAAGUAUGAUACAGAUUUUUAUAUUCUUGAUAAAUAUCCGUUGGCUGUAAGACCUUUCUAUACUAUGCCUGACCCAAGAAAUCCUAAACAGUCUAACUCUUAUGAUAUGUUCAUGAGAGGAGAAGAAAUAUUAUCAGGAGCUCAAAGAAUACAUGAUCCUCAGUUGCUAACAGAAAGAGCCUUACAUCAUGGAAUUGAUUUGGAGAAAAUUAAGGCUUAUAUCGAUUCCUUCCGCUUUGGAGCCCCUCCGCAUGCUGGUGGAGGCAUUGGGUUGGAACGAGUGACUAUGCUGUUUUUGGGAUUGCAUAAUGUGCGUCAGACCUCAAUGUUCCCUCGUGACCCCAAACGACUCACUCCUUAAAGCUGUGCUUUUUACUCUUUCCAGUAAUCUAUUGAUCUGGCUGUUUUCCUUAGGUACUUAAAAUAUGCAGCAGAAUAAAUGUCUUAUCU